ACAAAACAAAAACAAACAGGGCAGCGAAGGGGGCAGAGCGAGGCAGGCAGCGGCUGUGGGGCGCGGAGCCGCGGGGACGGGGCAGCCCCGAGGACCGCUGCCUACGGAGAAACACAUCUGUAAUGGAACAUUCUACUAGGAAGAAGAAAAUUAACCUCCUAAAAUAGACGAUCUUGAUUCCCCUUCCUGAGUGAGCAGUACAAGAGAAGACUCUUAGCAUAAUAAGAGUGCUUCAGAACUGAAUGAUUGAGGACUGCAACAGGUGGAAAGGGAAGAGGAGAAGAGCCAUUGAAAUCUCAUGGGAGAACUACACGUACCAAUAACAUUCACAAGACUACAAAGUGAUUCAUGAAAACUUUGCAGGCCUGAAAGGAAAGAUUUCCGUUUACAGUCAGUUCAGUUGAAGUGCAAUUAAACAACUAUGGAAGUAGAAAAUGAGCCGAUAUAUAAUGUUAACCCAACAGAACUUGAUCAUCUAAGUGACACUCCAUUUUCUGGUGAGGAAGAAAAUGGUGGAAGUGAGGAAAUAAAGACUGAAAUCAAUGGAAAUUGGAUAGCUGCAUCUUCCAUUAAUGAAGCUAAAAUUAAUGCUAGAGCAAAGAGGCGGUUAAGGAAAAAUUCUUCUCGUGAUUCUGGGAGAGGAGACUCUGUUAGUGAUAAUGGAGAGGCACUGAAAAUUGGAGUCACUGCACCAACUAGUCCAAAGGGAAAAUUUCUGGACAGACGAUCCCGGUCUGGAAAAGGAAGGGGACUACCAAAGAAAGGUGGUGCAGGUGGCAAAGGUGUUUGGGGUACACCAGGGCAAGUGUAUGACGUGGAGGAAGUGGAUAUUAAAGAUCCCAACUACGACGAUGACCAGGAGAAUUGUGUCUAUGAAACUGUAGUUCCACCUUUGGAUGAAAGAGCAUUUGAUAAAACUUUAACACCAAUGUUACAGGAAUACUUUGAACAUGGAGAUACUAAUGAAGUUGCGGAGAUGCUGAGGGAUUUAAAUCUUGGUGAAAUGAAAUACAGUGUGCCAGUGUUGGCCGUAUCAUUGUCAUUAGAGGGGAAGGCUAGUCACAGAGAAAUGACAUCUAAGCUCCUCUCUGACCUUUGUGGGACAGUAGUGAGCACAAGUGAUGUGGAAAAAUCAUUUGAUAGACUACUGAAAGAACUACCUGAAUUGAUGUUGGAUUCUCCCAGAGCACCACAGUUAGUGGGCCAAUUUAUUGCUAGAGCAGUUGGAGAUGGGAUUUUAUGUAGUACUUACAUAGACAGCUACAAAGGCACCGUGGAUUGUGUCCAGGCUCGGUAAGUGAUUGCUCUUUGUAGUUAGUGUGUGUAUAGGUCAGUUUUUUUUAAAUCCUGAGCAAGCAAACCAGUAAU